AUGGGUGAUUCUAAAACACCAUCACUAGUUAUUGGUGAAAAUAACCAAACAACACAACCACUAACUGAAAAGUCUGAAACAAAUGAUAAUGAUAAUAAUAAUAAUAAUAAUAAUAUUAUAAAUAAUAAUAAUAAUAAUAAUAAUAAUAAUAAUAAUAAUAAUAAUAACGAUAAUAAAAGCGAUAAUAAUAAUAAUAAUAAUAAUAAUAUUAUAAAUAAUUAUAAUAAUGAAAAAGAUAUCAUUAAUAAUCAAGAAAAUAUUAAUAUAGAAACAAAUAAUAAUAAUAAACCUUAUACUAAUAAUACUAAUAAUACUAAUAAUACUAAUAAUACUAAUAAUACUAAUAAUAAUAAUAAUAAUAAUAAUAAUAAUAAUAAUAAUAAUAAUAAUAAUAAUAAUAAUAAUAAUAAUAUUAAUAAUCAACAAAAGAGUACAUUUAAGUCAUCAUUAUCUUCAUUCUUAACAAGUUAUUAUACUAGCUCAACAAAUAAUAAUAAUAGUGAUAGUAAUAAUAAUAAUAAUAAUAAUACAAAUAAUACAAAUAAUAAUAAAACAACAUAUUUUGGACACGUUAGGAAUUCAAUAUCAUAUGUCACUAGUAGUUUACCAGGAAUACCAUCAUAUAGUUCAUUACCUUCAUUUAACAUUCCAUUAAUAUCAUAUAUUUCAAAUUCAAUACCCUUCCCAAUAAAUUAUUCAAGAUCUUCAAAUUUAACUAAUAAUAAUAAUAAUAAUAAUACUACAACAACAACAUCAUCAUCAUCGUCAUCAUCACAACCAAUACCAAUAAAGAGUAAUGAUAAACAACAACAACAACAACAACAGCAACAACAAUUAAAUAAUCCAAUAGCACCAAUAAAUAUGUCACCAAAUUCAUUUAAUAGUAUAUCAAUUGAAAGUAAUAGAUUGGUGAUUAGUAAUAGUUUAGGAACAGAGGAACAAUUUCAAGAUAUUAUACGUAGAUUAGAACAAUCAAAUUAUAAAUUACAUUUGAUUUCGUUAGAUACAUUCAUUGAGAAUAUAAAGAAUGAUUUAACUCUAUCAAUAGAUGAUAUAAGCUCUUCAGUUCAGUCCUAUAUUGCAACUACUUUACCAAUAUUAAUGCAUGUUUGUGCUUCAAUUCCAUUUCAAACCAAUGAAGGUGCAAUCAAUAUGAUCGAAUCAAAGUCAUCAUCAUCAUCACCACUACCACCACCACUUCAAACUUUAAUGGGCAAAUCAAUUAAUGAAAUCGAGAUUAUCAUUUAUGAAUUUAUGGAACAAUAUAUAGCUAGUAGAUUAUAUCGUAGAAUAUUCUCAUCUCAAGAGGCUAUUCAAAAAGAUACAUUAUUAUGUGAACAUAUUUCAAGAUUUCAACAUAUUACACCCUCAAAUUUAGAUAUCAAUGAUUCAAUCAUUUCAACACAAUUCCUCGAACAAAUUCAAGAGGAACUCUUAUACAUUUCAAUCUUCAAAUCUCCACGUGAAAAAUUAAUGUGUAUUAAAAAAAGUUUUAAAUUAUUAUUUCAAUUACUUUCAAAAACUCAAUUACCAAGUGUUGUUGGUGCUGAUUUAUUAUUACCAAUAGUAAUUUUUUGUUUAAUAAAAUCAAAUUUACCAUUUCUCUGGUCAAAUUUACAAUUUAUAUCAUUAUUUAGAGAUCCAACAUUAAUCGAGAGUGAAACAAAUUAUUUUUUAGUUACAAUGAUAACUGCAGCAUCUUUCAUUGAAAAUAUGACAUUUGAAUCUUUAACUGAUGCAGUCGAUCCAAAUGCACCACCAAAAUCAUCAGAUGAUAAUAUUAUAAUUGAAUCAAAUAAUAUAGAAAUCAAUAAAGAGAAAAUUGAAGAACAAAAAGAAAAUAAUAAUAAUAAUAAUAAUAAUAAUACAUUAGAACCAAUUAUUAUAGAUACUUUACAACAACAUGAAUCAAAUAAAUUGGUUUCAGAUAAAGAAAUUGUUAAUGAAAAUGAAAGAGAAAUAAAAAAUAGUGCCUCUAGUAACGAUAAUGAUAAAAUGAAAAUAGUGACCAACAAUGCAACAGAAGAAGAAAAAAAAAAAUUAUUCAAAUUUUAUAAUUCUAAACCUGAAGAAUUAUCUGUCAAAGAAAUUAAACAGCUUUUAAAUGAAUAUAAUUCUCUAGUUGAUAAAUACUUUGAAACUAAAUAA